AUGACGAUCGUCGAAGGCGGGGAUGAAAUCUCUCAGCUUUGGGGUGUCAUAACGGAGCUCAGCGAGCAGCUGAAUCAGAACAGGAACCUGUCAGUUGCGUUAUUUGGGGCGGCGGGGAAGGUUAAGAGUCAAGCUUUACAUUCUCAGACCGGUUUUGUUCUGAGGAGGUUCAAUAUGGACAAAUCUAAAGAGGCGUACGACGCGGAAUUGGAACGAAUGAAUGCAGCUAUUGCUUUGGAGAAUCAGACCUUGCAACAUGAUAACAAGCAGCUUAAUACCCUCAUCAAAGAGUACGAGCAGACAAUGGAUACUCUAAUGACCCAGUUCAGGAACAAAGCGCAAGACGUCCAAGAGCAUGAGCUGUCUCUCAUAAAGGAGUACGAAACCAAGCUUCUGGCGUUGGAGGAAACCAAUGCGACACGUGAUCUCGGGACGAGUACCGCCAUCUCAGACUCCUUGGCACGAAUAUCUCGGCUUUUACGACGGUGUUUGCGUGCUCAAGGCGGAGAGUGUGUAUUCGAGGCGGCCGAAAGUGGGGCUGCUGACGAAGAGCUUGAAGAGGUGACCCGAUCCAUAUAUGAGCGGGAACCUUGGCUAUCACAGGAUGCUACUCAGGCUGAGAGGGCGUUAGAACGCGAGAUUGAACUUGCGAGGUUGGAGAAGGAGAAUGAGGAACUAAGGAGGAUGCUCGGAUUACGGCCUGGACAGUAG